AUGUCUUGUCCAUGCCAAGCUAUUCAUUACCGAGGAUGCGGGUUGUCAUACAGUAGCCAACUGAAGCACAUUCCAUUUGAUAACCUUGAGACUUGGAAAAGAAUAGAGUACUAUAGAUGUACAAAUAUCAUUGGCAUUGGCAUUAGUAUUAGUACCGGUAUUGAUAUUGAUAUUGGCAUUGGUAUUGACAUUGGCAGUUAUAUUUACCUAGAACCAGGGACUAUAAUACAGAAAAGAAAACAGCUAGCCACAGAUAAUGGAAUUGGAAAUUCUCCAUGUACAUUUAUGUUUUUAUCAUCAAUUUUUAAUUAUCCACGUUUCUUACUAUUUAGUGCUUCGUAA